AUGGCUACAAAACAAGAUGGUAGUGCAAUGGAUGAUUCAGACCCCCCAAAUGAAAUGCCUUUACUUAUUAAAAAGCGCGCAGCGAUUAAGCGUAACAUGAAAAGUAUGAAAACGAAAAUUGGAACCGAAAAGGGUCCAAUUGAUUUCGCUGCAAUUGAAUGCCGGCUUCAAAUCAUAGAGUCAUACUUUAAACAAAUCUCAGAUAUUCAAACUCAAAUUGAAAUCCUGAACUCCGACGACACGUCAAGAUCCGAAAUUGAAGAAUUGUAUAUUCUAAUUAAAUCAAAACUCGUUCAUAUCUUAGAAUCUAAAAUCAAACCGGCUACUGCUGAUUUAAGUACAUUGAACACCUCAGUAAGUAAUUGUUCACUAAAAAAUCGAUUGCCCACCCUGAAGUUGCCGAAAUUCGAUGGGAAAUAUGCCGAAUAUAAGCGUUUUUUUCGCACGUUUUCGAACAUAGUUCAUGACGAUGCAUCCAUUCCGAUAAUUGAUAAAUUUAACUAUUUACUUAGUUGUCUUUCAGGGCCAGCUUUGAGUGUCGUAGAAGCAUUUGAGGUAACAGAAGCUAAUUACCCGAAGGCCCUGCUACGACUAAAGGAACGCUACGACAACAAUGUCUUAAUAUUUCGUGAUUAUAUUAUGGCUUUGUUCAACAUUCCUGUCAUAAAGACAUCAAAUCCUGCGUUAAUUCGAAACGUCAUCGAUACUGUUGCUGCACUUAGAGGCUCACUUCUAUCUUUGGGGUCGGAACUUGACAUUGUGAACUCAGUAUUAAUACAUCUUGUACUCUCCAAAUUAGAUCCUGAAUCAAGGAUGGUCUACAACAAGAAGCAGGACUUUGAAUCACUUCCUGCAUGGGACGACUGCUAUAAGAUCUUGAGCCGCCAUUGUCAAUUUCUUGAGAGCUGCACAAAACGAGAUAUUCCGAUGUCCAACAACCGCGAGUCGCACAAGCCUAGCAACAAGAGUACUACUCUUAUAAACGCAAAGUUAGGAUGUGCAUAUUGCAACAGCACAGAACAUACUAUCCAUAAAUGUUCAUCGUUUCUGGAGCUAGCAAUUCCUCAACGAUUUGAAUUCGUAAAAAAGACUGGCCUUUGUAUCAACUGUCUUCGUAAGGGGCAUACGGUAUCCAAAUGUCAAUCACAAUCUCGGUGUCGUAUAUGCCGCAUAUUGCAUCAUACUCAUAUACACUUCAAUAAUGUUUCAGAUCACUUUACAAACGCAACGCAAGAUAAGCAGUCAUCAUCUCCUGCUCCACUACAAUCGUCUUCGGCUAUGCGGAAUGAAGCACAAUCAUCCAACAAUACACACGUUUCACUUGUCGCACGCGCAUGUAAAAGAGCGCUCAUUCCCACUGCUGUGAUCCUCAUUCAGGACAAAUUCGGCGUAAUGCAACCAAUUCGAGCAUUAUUGGACUCAUGUUCGGAGUUGAACUUCAUCACAGAGGAAACUGCAAAACGGCUUCAACUCAAACAACAGCCAUCGAACCAAGAAGUUUCAGGUAUAAGUGGAAUUCGAACGAAUCUAAAAUACUCUGUAAGUGCAACCAUUAAAUCUCGUACAAGUAAUUUUACUUGGUCUUCCAACUUUGCUAUAACGAAAUCCAUUUCGGCAAAACAGCCGCUUCAAUAUAUUGAUACAAGUAACUUUAAUAUUCCCGAUGGGAUCUGUCUUGCGGAUCCCUUAUUUUUUAAGCCACAGCGUAUUGAGAUGCUACUAAGCACAGAGUUAUUUUUUGCUUGCCUUCAAGAUGGCAAAAUAUCCCUCGGUCCUGGCCUACCUUGCUUACAAAACACGGCUUUUGGUUGGAUCGCAGGUGGGGUAAUUGAACAUUCAACAAACGAUUCUGCAUUCAUUUGCAAUAUCGCUGUAAACGCAGAGUCACCUAAGGCAGAUGAUAUUCUCAAGCGAUUUUGGGAAAUUGAAGAGUUCCCGCAAUCUAAUCCAGUUCUAUCAGAAGAAGAGUCUUAUUGUGAGAAACAUUUUCUUAAAAACGUGACCGUUCUCAACAACGGUCGAAUACAAGUCCGCUUACCAUUCAAAACCGCACCUUCUGUAUUAGGCAACUCAUAUGAAAACGCCAAGAAAAGGUUUCUACUGCUCGAGCGCCGUUUGAGCCGUAAUACUGAAUUGAAGCAAAUGUAUGAGAACUUUAUGAAGGAAUAUGAAGAUUUGGGACAUAUGUCGCGCGUAGUCGAUGUUGAGUUAAGCAACCCACAUUUUGUGAUACCACACCAUUGCGUCAUGCGACCAGAGAGUACAACAACAAAGUUGCGUGUAGUUUUCGAUGGCUCGGCAAGCACAUCAUCAUGUAAAUCGCUUAAUGAAAUACUAAUGGUAGGAGCAACUAUUCAACAGGAACUUAAUAUAACGCUUUUGUCUUUUCGUUUGCAUCGGUUUGCGAUCACAGCCGAUAUAUCUAAAAUGUAUCGCCAAUUUCUUGUCGAAAAGGAUGAUCGGAAGUUUCAAUUAAUUAUUUGGAGAAAUAAAGAAGAUGAGCCCCUUCAAAUGUUCGAGCUCAAUACCGUUACUUAUGGUUUAGCAUGUUCCCCAUUCUUAGCAAUCCGUAGUUUGUUUCACAUUGCCGAUUUACACAGCAAAACGCACCCAGUAGGUGCGGCUAUUAUUAAAAGGGACUUCUACGUAGAUGAUUUAUUGACCGGAGCAGAUAGCCUAAGUGAAUUACAACAGAUAAAAUCAGAAAUAAUCGAUAUUCUAUCGUCAGCAGGUCUAAAUCUCACAAAGUGGAGCACAAACUGUCCUCAAUUUAUUCAAUCAUCGAAUGAAGAGUUUGUCAUCAAAACCAACGAGGAAUGCAUUACCAAAACGCUAGGCAUGGCAUGGAAAUCCACAACAGACACAAUUUGUUUUCGAUACGACUUCCCAGAAUCGAUACCUUCCACAAAACGAGGUCGCCGCGGGCUACCACAGCGUAUAUACUGCGACAAUGGCACCAAUUUUGUUGGCGCGCAUGGAAGAUUAAAGGAACUUCAACAGCGCCUAUUCAACAAAGUAGCAAUAGAAGGCAUAACAACCUACAGCAAUAACGCAGGGUUCACUUUUAAUUUUAUCCCACCCCGCGCACCACAUUUUGGCGGCUUGUGGGAAGCUGCGGUGAAAUCCAUGAAGACGAUUUUAAUGAAGACUGCAUCCGGUGCAAAUCUAACAUAUGAGGAACUUCAGACAACAGUAAUUGAAGUAGAAGCUAUACUCAACUCGCGUCCACUUGUUGCACUGACUGACGAUCCGAAUGACGGCGAAGCCUUGACACCAGGUCAUUUAUUAAUUGGUUCAUCCUUGCUCGCAAUGCCAGACGAUCACUUUAAAAACACAGAAGUAACUCGCUUAACGCAAUUUCAACGCAUCACCUACCUGAAGCAACGUUUUUGGCAGCUAUGGCUACGCGAUUAUGUUCACAGUCUGCAGCAGCGCUCAAAAUGGUUCAAACCUCAGCCCAAUAUUGAACUUGGUCGGCUUGUCAUUGUACAUGAAGACAAUUUGCCUCCAAAACAAUGGUUACUAGGAAGAAUCACGCAAACAAUCCCAGGUGCCGAUGGCAAAAUUCGUGUAGCAGACGUAAAAACCUCCAAAGGAAUUAUUCGACGAGCAGUUCACAAAUUAGCCCCAUUACCAAUUUCAGCUUGA